AUGGCCGGAAAGGGUGGGAAGGGUUUAUUGGCCGGAAAAACACCGGCGGCAGCAGCAGCUAACAAGGACAAAGAUAAGAAGAGGCCGAUCUCCCGAUCUGCUAGAGCUGGCCUCCAGUUUCCAGUAGGGAGGAUUCACCGCCAUUUGAAAACUAGAACUUCUGCAAAUGGACGUGUUGGAGCCACUGCUGCUGUUUACUCUGCUGCCAUUCUUGAGUACUUAACUGCGGAGGUGCUUGAAUUAGCUGGAAAUGCUAGCAAGGAUUUGAAGGUGAAAAGAAUUACACCACGCCAUUUGCAGUUAGCCAUCCGUGGAGACGAAGAACUUGAUACUCUUAUCAAAGGGACCAUUGCUGGAGGUGGUGUCAUUCCUCACAUUCACAAGUCCCUCAUCAACAAAACCACAAAAGAAUGAGUCUCCUCUCUCUUUUUCUUUCUUUUUUGUUAGCCAUUUAGACAAUGUGUUUGACUUUUGACUGGAAUUUGUGGCAAAAGAUUGAUGUGGUAUUGGUUUUUGUUUAUUGUUUUUGAAGUUUUAGUCUUGUAGGAUCGAUGUACAUGUCAUAUAAUCCUGGGUUAUGCUUUAGAAUCUGGCAACUUCUUGUUGCAUUUCUAUAUCCUUGUUGCAGGGUUUUGUUUUGACGAUAUAUUUAUCUUUUUGUCAAGAAUUUAUAGUGUUAUAGCUUUCUCUUUAAUUGGUUGUUGACUUUGAGUUCAUUACGCAUGAACAACUGAACAAGAUGAAGUUGUUAGGUCAUGUUGGUUAUGUGAUAGACUUGUGCUAAACAAAUGUAGUAGGUACAUAAUGGUUUAUUUAUUUCAAAACUCUGUUUUUUCUGCAAG